AUGCAUAUUAAUAGCGAGGAAGGUAAUAUUCCAGGAGCCGACCCGUCUGUGGGGAACAACAUUCACAACAAUAAUGGGCUUGUCGCUAGCGGUGAUGGACGUUCUUGUAAAAUUUGUUAUGAAACUGAAGAUGACUAUAGCGGAACUCCUGUAGAGAAGAAUGAUGGUAGAUGGAUGCAUCCUUGCAAAUGUUCUGGAACUAUGAAAUGGGUUCAUAGAAUGUGUAUGGAGAAAUGGCUAGAUCAUGCGCCUUAUCAACAGAAAUAUCAAUGUACAAUAUAUCGUUAUCAAACAUGUUGGCGUAUCAGGCCUUUAAGUAGAUGGCGCUUUCCCGAUUUCAAUUUGUCUCUCUGGGAUGGUUUUGAGAUGUCAUUAGAUUUUUUGUGCACUUAUUAUACAUUUUAUCGGGUCAAGAGUCUUGUUCAGGGAAAAGCAAAGUCAUUGUUACGUUCUUGUUUAAUCAUUGGUGUUUGGAAAAUAUUUGUGGCGAGUAACCGCCGUCUGGGCUUCUAUCGACAGCUUUUUGAAAUUGCUAUUCGAACUUUUUUGGAAUCUACGGUGAAAAACGCAAUUUAA